AUGGACGCCCCGGCCCCCGCCGCCCCGGGCCCGGGGAGGAAGGAGCUGAAGAUCGUGAUCGUGGGCGACGGCGGCUGCGGCAAGACCUCGCUGCUCAUGGUGUACAGCCAGGGCUCCUUCCCCGAGCACUACGCCCCAUCCGUGUUCGAGAAGUACACGGCCAGCGUCACGGUGGGCAACAAGGAGGUGAUCCUGAACCUCUACGACACGGCCGGGCAGGAAGACUACGACCGGCUGCGGCCCCUGUCCUACCAGAACACCCACCUGGUGCUCAUCUGCUAUGACGUCAUGAACCCCACCAGCUACGACAACGUCCUCGUCAAGUGGUUCCCCGAGGUCACGCACUUUUGCCGUGGGACCCCCAUGGUGCUCAUUGGCUGCAAGACGGACCUGAGGAAGGACAAAGAGCAGCUGCGGAAGCUGCGGGCGGCCCAGCUGGAGCCCAUCACCUACAUGCAGGGCCUGAGCACCUGCCAGCAGAUGCAGGCCGCCCUCUACCUGGAAUGUUCUGCCAAGUUUCGGGAGAACGUGGAGGACGUCUUCCGAGAGGCGGCCAAGGUGGCGCUCAGCGCCCUGAAGAAGGCGCAGCGGCAGAAACAGCCCCGGCUCUGCCUGCUGCUCUGA